AAAUUUUCCACUGAAGAAGAGAAAUUGUUUAUUCGGAGCAAAAGUUUCUUCGAGGAAUAUGGCAAACGAUGAAACGUACUUUAUUGGAGUUGAUGUGGGAACUGGAAGUGUUCGUGCAGGAAUUUUUAAUAUACAAGGUCUACUGAUCGAAUCGUUUGAAAAGGCCAUCCAAACUCAGAACUUGGCAGAGGACUUUUAUGAGCAGUCUUCACAAGAAAUUUGGGAUUCUGUUGUAUAUUCGGUGAGGGAAGCUUUAAAAAAGGCUCAUAUAGAGAGUUCCGCUGUGAAAGGCCUUGGCUUUGCGGCGACUUGUUCUCUCGUUUGCCUUGACGCACAAGGCAAACCCGUUGGCGUGUCUCCUUACAACACCGAGGAUUAUUGGAACGUCAUUUUAUGGAUGGAUCACCGUGCAACACAGCAAGCGGAGCGAAUCACCGCUACUGGUCACAGAGUCUUAAAGUACUUUGGAAACAAAGUUUCUCCUGAGAAUGAGCUGCCAAAGAUACUGUGGUUGAAGGAAAAUUUGGCAAAUAAAUGGAAUCGAAUAGCGCACUUUAUGGAUCUAUGUGAUUUUCUGACCUUUCAAGCGACUCGGAGUACAACUAGAAGUAUUUGUCCACUGGUUUGCAAAAGUGGCUAUCUCGCCUCGGAUCAACAAAAGACUGACCAGCAAAAAUUGCGCUUGGAUGAUACUUCUGGAUGGGAUGAAACGCUUCUAAAUGAAAUUGGUCUUGAAGAAAUCGUAAAGGAAGGUUAUCGAAGAAUAGGAACAGAAGUAGCUGCACCGGGAACACCUCUAAAGAAUGGUCUUUGUGAAACUGCAGCUAUGGAACUUGGCCUCGAGGUUGGAACUCCUGUUGGAUCGUCAAUGGUUGAUGCACAUGCAGGUGGUGUUGGAAUAUUAGGAGCCGUAGAAGAAGGAAAUAAAGAGGAUACUUUAUCCAGUGACAGUAAAUAUCUUGCCAAAAGGUUAGAAGAGAGAUUGGCUAUGAUUGCUGGCACAUCCACCUGUUAUAUGGCAUCUUCAUCCAAACCUGUUUUUGUACCGGGUGUAUGGGGUCCUUAUUAUUCUGCUAUGAUUCCAAAUAUGUGGUUAUCUGAAGGCGGAGAAUCGGCUACUGGGAAAUUAUUGGAAUUCAUCGUGACGAAUCAUUGCCAAUAUCCAUUUCUUUCUAAGCUGGCCUCAGAAAAGGAUCUCCAUGUCUAUGAAAUUCUCAAUUAUAUUAUCUUUCUAUUGGCCCAACAAACCAAAAUGACGCUGGAAGAAGUAGUUUCUAGUAUCCAAUCUACAAACAGUUCAAAAAUGAAGCAACAAAUGAAUAAUGCCUUUUUAGAUACAUCACCAGGAGAAAGCAAAGGGCGAGAUAAUGCAACUUUAUAUGACGAACAUUUUUCUCUAAAGUGUUUGGAACUUACAAAGAAUUUACACAUACUUCCCUACUUUCAUGGCAAUCGUGCUCCCUACGCGGACCCUACUCUUCGUGGUAUGAUCAGUGGGUUGGGAAUGGAUAAUUCAAUUAUUUCUCUCGCCAAAAUGUAUUUUGCCACUUUACAAGCAUUAUGUUACGGAGCAAGGCAUCUCGUGCAAGUCCUCAAUGGCGCUGGUCAUCGUGUUCAAUCUAUUUAUCUCUGUGGAGGAGGAAUGGCAUCCAACAAAUUGUUUUUGCAACAACUCUCCGAUAGCGUUGGUUGUCCCGUUGUUAUACCAGUGCAGAAUCAAUAUGCAGUGAUGAGAGGAGCUGCGAUGCUCGGUGCGGUUGCAUCUACAUAUUUUAGUUCUUUUCCUAUGGCAAUGCAAACAAUGUCCAAGGUUCAGCAAAUUAUUUAUCCAAAAGGUCAAGAUAGUCUAGUCAAAAAGCACCAUGACUUGAAAUUUCAAGUAUUUUUGCGUAUGUAUUCUGAUCAAAUAGCUUAUCGAGAUAUUAUGACUCAAAGUCCUCAUUAAAAAGUUUCAGAAAAUAUUUACUCGUUGCAUCGUCGAUUCCAAUAAGUUUUAAAACUUUUUCGAAUAGAUUUGCCUACAAUAAUCUCAACUUACUUCAUUGU